AUUAUGUGUCAAUUGUGUCAUUAUCUCAGCCACAGAAAUAUCUCUGACUGAGAACAUAGUGGUUUGUGGUGAUUUAGGGAUAAAAAAUUAGUGAGGGAGUUAAAUUAAGUGAGUGAGGUGUUCUAGCUCAUUGAGGUGUGAUGGUCAGAAAUGUUUACCGAAGAAUUCACCUUUCAUCAGGAUACGUUAUGCUAUGAGUGUUAUUAGAUCAAAAUGGUUUGUAAGUGAUUAUGGAGAAAUUUCCACUGAAAAGAAGUGGCAUUCCGUCCCAAGAUACUUCUACAUAUCAGUCCGUUAAUAAAAAGUUGCAGUACGCUAACGGCAACAGCAGCAACGUUUCGACCUUUGGGGCCUCCGUCGAUGAGGACAUGAUCGACAUCCAGACGUCAGCAGCAGGAGGAGAAACGAUCAGGGAUAGGACCUCCCGUAUGGGAGAGGAGGAUGACGGAGUAUCGCAUUAUUCUGUAUCGUAUUCAGGAACGCAUGAAUCCGGUGACAUUCCUGGUAUUGGACAAUAUGAAGAUUUCCACACUAUCGAUUGGCAACGGGACAUUGCCAGAGAUCGAAUGCGACACAGGCGCAUCGUCAAGAAGAAACAAGAUUCGAUAUGGAACCUGAUAGAGGGCGCUCAUGACGCAUGGUCGGGUUGGCUGUGCGUCCUGCUGGUCGGUCUUUUCACCGGCGCUGUUGCCAGUGUCAUCGACAUAGGCGCAACAUGGAUGACAGAUCUCAAGUUCGGCAUUUGUCCGCAAGCCUUCUGGCUGAAUCAGGAGCAGUGCUGUUGGUCAUCGAACGAGACGAGCUUGGAAGCAGGUAACUGCUCACAGUGGCACACAUGGGCAGAAAUUCUGGGUCAGUCCAGGAAAGGAGCUGGAUCCUACAUAAUUUCGUAUUUAUUUUACAUAGUUUGGGCUUUACUUUUCGCUUCCCUUUCGGCGUCUCUGGUCCGAAUGUUCGCCCCAUAUGCGUGCGGAUCAGGUAUACCUGAGAUUAAGACGAUUCUCAGCGGAUUUAUAAUCAGAGGUUACCUGGGCAAGUGGACGCUAAUAAUAAAAUGCGUGGGUCUCAUCCUGUCAGUUUCUGCUGGACUCAGUUUAGGAAAAGAGGGCCCCAUGGUACACAUAGCGUGUGCUAUAGGUAAUAUUUUAUCGUAUCUUUUUCCCAAAUACGGGAGAAAUGAAGCCAAGAAGAGGGAGAUCCUUUCGGCUUCAGCAGCUGCUGGUGUUUCUGUGGCCUUCGGUGCCCCUAUCGGUGGAGUGCUCUUCAGUUUGGAAGAGGUCAGCUAUUAUUUUCCACUGAAAACCCUCUGGAGGUCCUUCUUCUGUGCUCUAAUAGCAGCUUUCAUCUUGCGGUCCAUAAACCCCUUCGGAAACGAGCACUCCGUGCUGUUUUACGUUGAAUACAAUAAACCCUGGAUAUUCUUCGAGUUGAUACCUUUCAUCGGCUUGGGAAUCAUUGGAGGCGUCAUUGCAACUAUUUUCAUCAAAGCUAAUCUAUGGUGGUGUAGGUACAGGAAAUUCUCGAAACUCGGGCAAUACCCUGUUACCGAAGUGCUCCUGGUGACCGUUAUGACAGCAAUCAUAGCCUACCCGAAUCCGUACACGAGGAUGAACACGAGCCAGCUCAUCUAUCUGCUGUUCAGCCAAUGCGGUAUUUCUAAUUCGGAUGAUUUGUGCGACUACAACCGCAACUUCACCGACGUGAACUCGGCCAUCGAGAUAGCCGCAGCAGGGCCGGGGGUCCACCGAGCCGUCUGGCUCCUCAUCCUCGCCCUCAUCCUCAAGCUGAUCAUGACCGUGUUCACCUUCGGCAUGAAGGUGCCCUGCGGCCUGUUCAUCCCGUCGCUCUGCCUGGGCGCCAUCGUGGGCCGCAUCGUCGGCAUUGGCAUGGAACAGCUGGCCUACCACUACCCGAAAAUUUGGCUGUUCAGCGGCGAGUGCUCUACGGGAGACGACUGCAUCACGCCAGGCCUGUACGCUAUGGUGGGAGCGGCAGCUGUUUUGGGCGGUGUCACCAGGAUGACGAUCUCGCUGGUGGUGAUCAUGUUCGAGCUGACAGGCGGCGUACGGUACAUCGUGCCGCUCAUGGCCGCCGCGAUGGCCAGCAAGUGGGUGGGGGAUGCGCUCGGUCGCCAAGGCAUCUACGACGCGCACAUCGCGCUCAACGGCUACCCCUUCCUGGACUCCAAGGACGAGUUCCAGCACACGUCGCUGGCCGCCGACGUCAUGCAGCCCAAGCGAAAUGAAACUCUGAGUGUUAUCACUCAGGAUUCUAUGACUGUAGACGACAUAGAGGCGUUACUGAAAGAAACAGAACACAACGGAUAUCCAGUGGUGGUGUCCAGAGAAUCGCAAUAUCUAGUUGGGUUCGUGCUGAGGAGAGAUUUGAAUCUAGCAGUCGCCAAUGCCAAACGUAUGGUGGACGGCAUUUGCGGCCAGUCCUUGGUGCUGUUUACAGCCGGCGGGGCCCCGCAAACUUUGGGGCCGCCGCCUCUGAAGCUGAAGAAGAUCUUGGACAUGGCUCCGAUCACCAUCACCGAUCAAACGCCCAUGGAGACCGUCGUGGAUAUGUUCAGGAAGUUGGGUUUGAGACAGACACUCGUCACGCAUAAUGGGAUGGGUAGUUUUUCCUCGGUUCCUAAAAUACUCAAUAAUGAUUUAUUGGAUGAAGACCUAGAUCUACCGAGAAAUAUCAGCAGGAAUGAGCUCAUUCAACAUUGUCAAAGGCAACCAUUGGUGCAUCCCAUGGUCAAAAGGGCAUUUAGAAGGGACGAAGGUCCCGAUUCGAACCAUGGUGUAAAAGUUAGGAAGUUGAAUACACUGACGAAAGCUUGUAGUGAAUAUAUUUCUAAUCCAUAUAAUUUGAGGGUGCUGCAAUGGAACAUUUUAUCUCAAGCUCUUGGACAAAUGAAUGACAAUUUUGCGAAAUGUCCAGAUGAGGCACUAGCGUGGAAUGUCAGAAGAUAUCUUAUUAUUGAAGAACUGAUAGAAUACUGCCCUGACAUAAUUUGUAUACAGGAAGUUGACCACUUCAAUUUCCUGAGACACGUACUAGGAACUCAAGGCUACAAAGGGAUGUUCUUUCCCAAACCUGACUCGCCCUGUAUAUACAUAAAUGGAAACAACGGACCUGAUGGCUGUGCAAUAUUUUACAGGAACGAUAAAUUGGACUUACUCAAAGCCGAGACGAGAAUUUUAGAAAUAUGGAAAGUACAAAGUAACCAGGUGGCUCUGCUGAUGAUCCUCAAAAUAAAGGAAACGGGCCAAGAAAUCUGCGUGACGACAACACACCUGAAGGCCCGCAAAGGGCCCCUCCUGUCGACGCUCCGCAACGAGCAGGGCAAAGACCUCAUGCAUUUCAUCGAAAGGCAUUGCGACAAUCGCCCCCUCAUCCUUUGCGGGGACUUCAACGCAGAACCCACGGAGCCCAUCUACGGCACCUUAUUGGCCAGUUCCCUAGGACUCGGUAGCGCCUACGCUGAUUGUGAUACUACUGAUACUGACGCUAACCUCACUUCCGCGUGCAGAGAGCCAGCUUAUACUACCUGGAAGAUAAGGGGCGAGGGAGAGGUGUGCCACACCAUAGACUAUAUCUUCUACACUAAGGAUAACCUUGAAAUCGAGGCUGUGUUGGAAAUGCCUUCGGAGGAAGAGAUAGGUGAACAUCGAGUGCCGUCUUUUUCAUAUCCCUCUGACCAUUUUUCCUUAGUUUGUGAUUUUAGAGUCGGGCGAUGCUAAGUAUUCGUGAUAUAUAUAUAUUUAUAUGUAAAUCUACAUGGUAUAGCUUUAUUGUAUUUUUGAGUACAAUUGUUAAAUUAUUAAAUUGUGUUUUAUCAAUUUGAAUGUUUCUAGACAAAGAUUCUAUAAAAGAGGUAUUAUAUUUGAUCAAAUAAAGUUGAUGAUAACAAUGAAAAA